CUUUUCCCCCCCUGCUUUCUUCUCCUGUAGCUUCCUCCAUGUCCUGUCCCUGCUCGAUGCCGUAUGCGGUUUGUCUCGAGCGGACAGCUUUAGAUAUGUCCAGCGUACGAAUACUGUUGAUGACGCCUUGCCGCUGAUUUUCUUGUUCUGUUGACUGUUGACUGUUGUCGGUAUGUCUGUUCCUGGCUCGUCUGGAGAGUCGUCGGGAUCAUCCUCUGCCACCGGGGGUUUGGGAACAAAUUCCAAUUCUGGGGUCGCUCAUGAGGCGCCUGGCUCGGGAGCCCUGUCGGGAACCCAUGAGAGAUAUUACCCCCCUCGGACAUGCCGCAUUUGUCUUGAAAGUGUUGACCCAACUUUCCUCCCUCCCUCUGACAACUUGCCAAAAUUCCUUCAACCAAGACCACGAGUAGUGUAUGAAUCUUCAGAUCGUGAGCUUGGUCGACUGUUGCGUCCCUGCAAAUGCAAAGGGUCUUCGCGAUAUGUCCACGAGGGCUGUCUCAGACUCUGGCGACAGGAGUCGCAUGGCAGCAGAAAUUAUUGGCAGUGUCCAACAUGCAGGUUCCAAUACCGGUUAGAACGUUUGAGAUGGGCCCGCUGGAUUAGCAGCUCUUGGCUACAACUCGGCUUGACUAUCAGCAUCUUGUGGUUCAGUGUGUUUCUACUAGGAUUCAUUGCUGACCCGCUUAUCAAUCUCUACGUGGAUCCUUUGGAGACCAUUUACUACACUGAGUUCUGGGAGCAGAACAAUUGGGCCGGGGCUGUUCCAGCUGAUAAGAGGGGCACUUGGCUAGAGCACUUUGUUAAAGGACUUGCAACUCUAGGUGUCUUGUCCUUUUUGAAGGCUACGCUUGCAGCAUCAGUGUGGAAUCUAUGGAACCUACGUGGCUCAGGCUUCGUCCGCAGAGGCGGAGUGACUGGCAGGAGCCGGGUCGCCUCAUUUAGCUGGAUAGUUGUUCUGAUUGGCGUUGGGCACUUCCUUGUGGUAGGUGGCCUCUCGUCGAUGUGUUGUUCCCACUACUGACUUUCAUAGACUGUUUACAAAGCCGUGAGGGCCUGGAGUCGAAGUACCUUGGUAAAAGCUGGGGAACGUGUCAUGGACGUUCCUUUGGCAGAUGAUGAUGACGAUGAAUAUGCCGUGCCUGCUGAAGACAAAGAACGGUCUAAGAAGAACAACUGAUAUUUGUCCAGUGCAUGGCUAGCUCGAAUCCAACUAUUCUCUCUGCUUUUUCCCUAUGUCCUUCCAGUCAUUAUGAUUUUGUUACAUCACUCCAUCGCACAACUUUGAGUUGUCACACUCCUGCCAAUGAGGUGUCAAUCAGUCAAUGUGCGAAGAACGCUAUUGUCCUCUAUUAACCCCUGGAUCUCAUCGUUUGAGAAGCAGGACGAUUAGAUUGCAACGUUUUGUUUCUUUCCUUCAUUGUCCUUGCUUCAUUAAUCAAACGUGUCUGGGGGGGAGGUCAGGCCGUAUAAUCUGAUUCGAUCGGUAUGGAGCGCUUCAGUGCAUCUUGGGCGUUUUUGGAUUGAAUGGCGGUACAUACAUUCAUGCAACGUAUAUAUUAUUCCUCCCUAUGGAGUUUUGGUAUUGAAUCUAGAUCAAUCUGACAGAAUAUAUUUCAUGGUUCUACUUGGAUUUGGAACUUGUGA